CUGCAUUCUCAGACUGACAUUCAUUCAGCACUCACUGCCACCUUUAAACAUAUUUACUCUGUUCGCUUAGCUGCUAGUGUCCCGAUACCCGAUACCUUGCUCACUUCACUUCGUCUCCAGCACCAUGCUCAGGAUGCUACAGAAACUCCGGCUCCAGCCAGGGAUGAUUCUAUUAUUGAUAUGGCUCUGUCAUUUCAUGGAAGAUCAAAAAGUACAAGCUGGUAACUGCUGGUUACAGCAAGGGAAGAACGGGAGGUGUCAGGUGCUCUACGUGCCGGGGAUGAGCCGAGAGGAGUGCUGUAGAAGCGGGAGGCUGGGGACGUCAUGGACCGAGGAGGAUGUACCCAACAGCACCUUGUUCCGGUGGAUGAUCUUUAACGGCGGAGCCCCCAACUGCUUACUCUGCAAAGAAACGUGUGACGACGUGGACUGUGGACCUGGAAAGAGAUGCAAGAUGAACAGGAGAAGCAAGCCGCGCUGCGUCUGCGCUCCAGACUGCUCCAACGUGACUUGGAAAGGACCUGUCUGCGGGUCGGAUGGAAAGACGUACAGAGACGAGUGUGCGUUGCUCAAGUCCAAAUGUAAAGUCCAUCUGGACCUGGAUGUGCAGUACCAGGGCAAAUGCAAGAAGACCUGCCGUGACGUCUUAUGCCCGGGAAGCUCCACGUGCGUCGUGGACCAGACAAACAACGCGUACUGUGUGACCUGUAAUCGGAUCUGCCCCGAACAGACGUCACCGGAGCAGUUCCUGUGCAACGACGGGAUCAUAUACACCAGCGCGUGCCAUCUGAGAAGGGCCACAUGUCUCCUGGGAACAUCCAUAGGAGUAGCAUACCAGGGGAAAUGCAUCAAGGCCAAGUCGUGCCAGGACAUCCAGUGCAGCCCGGGGAAGAAGUGUCUAUGGGAUGCCAGGAUGAGCCGAGGCCGCUGCUCCCUCUGUGACGAGGCGUGUCCGGAGAGCCGGAUGGACGAGGCGGUGUGCGCCAGCGACAACACCACCUACCCGUCAGAGUGUGCUAUGAAGCAGACUGCCUGCUCUCUGCGAACGCUCCUGGAGGUUAAGCAUUCAGGAUCUUGCAACUCCAUAACAGAAGACCGUGAGGAAGAGGAGGAGGAGCAAGAAGAUCAGGACUACAUGGUUCGCAUCCAUCUGUCCCCCUUAUUGGAUGAAUAGACUGUCUAUCAUAUCCACCUGACCUCCUUAUUGGAUGGAUAGGCUGUCUAUCAUAUCCGCAUGCUCUCCUUAUUGGUUGGAUAAGCUGUCUAUCAUAUCCACAUGCUCUCCUUAUUGGUUGGAUAGGCUGUCUAUCAUAUCCACAUGC